AUGUGUUCACUUUUCUGUAUGAAUCGAGAAGGGAAAGGGCAAUUUGUCAAUCGGCCAUUUAUAAAUUGGCAAAAGAAGUCCGAAAAGUGCAAAAGCCACGAAAGCAACGAGUACCACCAAGAGGCAAUGCAAAUUGCAGACACGUUCAUCAAAAGUAUUGAAAAUCCUAAUGCCACUAUUCCAAUUUUGAUGGAAAACAAUAGGUCAAAGAACAUUGACAAAAACCGAGAAAUACUUCGAUGCAUUGCAGAAGCAAUUGUGUAUUGUGGCAAGCAAGGUAUAGCAUUACGUGGGAAGAACGAACACUUGGAGGAUGAGAAAACAAACCCGGGAAAUUUUCUCUCCUUGAUCAAGGUACUGGCUAGGUAUUGCUCAACCUUACAUGAACAUUUAAUGGAGCCACAAAUGAAAUGUGUCACUUACUUGUCACCACAAACACAAAAUGAGUUACUCGAUGUUAUAGGCAAUCACAUAAUUCUCGGUGACCUUGUCCAAGAGAUAAAGACAGCACAGUUCUAUAGUAUCAUGGCGGAUGAGGUGACAUCUCAUAACACUGAACAGCUGGCUCUGUGCGUCCGCUUCGUGGAUUCAGAUGAAAAUAUUAGGGAGGAGUUCAUACAAUUUUCAAAAGUGAUUCGCACCACGGGUGAAUAUCUGGCCAAUGAGAUCAUUCACAUACUGGAAAACCUUGGUAUACCAUUGAAAGAUAUGCGUGGUCAAGGAUAUGAUGGGGCGAGUAACAUGUCAUCUGGUCGAGUUGGCGUCCAGGCUAAAAUCCGAGAGCAUGCUCCAUUAGCAACAUAUGUGCACUGUAGUGGCCAUUGCUUAAAUCUGGUUAUAAGUCACGCCUGUAACAUACCAGAAGUGCGUAACAUGAUCGACAAACUUAAGAACUGUUGCCCUUUUUUUCCGAAAUAG